CGUUGGGGUUAGAAACAGUCAUGUGGGCAGUCGCUGAUCGGAGACGGUUGGACCGCGCGUCUACUGCAGUCUGGUUCUGUGCGCCUAAACCGUUCUGUGAUUCAAAUGGGGACUGGCGCCCCGUAACGGGAGGCGCCUCGGUGGGAGGGUUUUAGCUGUUGGGGGCCGUGAGGGGGUUGGGCAGUAUCUGUUGGUACAGUCGCCGCUUCUGCUUCGCGGCGCCGAGUCGUGCGGCCUGAGUCAUCUGCACGGAGAAUCGGUAUCAACUUGUUUACAGAGGUGAAUGAGUACAAUCGACUGGUCCAUGCUUGUCAUUUCAUCGGUAUGUAUCGCCGACUUGCUUCCGUUCAAACAGGUGAUGCAAGAACGACGGUACCAAAACCUUAAAAGUGCUGGGCAUGGCCGGUCUGCCGAGGGGGGUAUGACAUGGCGGCCUCUGAGUGGCCGGAACUUCAUUCGGCUUGCUGACUUGAUCUGCUCAAGUGCACCAUUACUCUAGCUCACUGUGGGCGCGCUUAGCAGAGUGUGGAAUGGCGGCUCAUGUGCAUGCAGAUUUUGAUUUUGGUGUUACUCAGUUAGCAGGAAACGAAGCUGAUGGAGCAUAUGGGCGGAUACAACAAGGGCUAUUUACGUAUAGAACUGCAACUAUUGAUGCCCUAAUUGCUAAGGUGCAGCGAGUCAAGCUCUUGUGGAUAGUUGCAGUCCCUCGGAUGGGCAAGACGGCCACCUGCCAGCUGAUUUAUGGCAGGGCACGCAAGCGGCAAGAGUACGAUAACGCGUUUGUCUUGUAUAUAAAUUGCGCCAGGAAAAGAAGAAAUGAAUCUCUGGCGGACUUUGUGUUCCGGGUCACGGGAAUGUCCCUGGAGGAUCUGCUCACGUCCCCAGAGCCGAGCCCCACAAAGAGUGCAAAUCCGCUCGUGAUCAGAAGAAAGAUGCUAAUUUUUGAUGAAGCGCACGUCAUCUAUGCCAGCGAUCUUGAGUUUUGGGACAACCUGAAAGGGCUGCUGCCCUCUAAUGGACACUCCGUCGACAUUGUGGUGGCGGCGUCAAGGGGUUCGACAGCUCAAAGUGCCGUAGCAUCUCCAAUCACUAUAGGGGCAGACAACCGGGUGGCGAUGAGGCGCACGCUCCCAACCGACAUCGCCCUUCAGUUCACCGAGUUAGAGUUUCUCGAGCUCUUUGAGCAGUAUGAGAGGCUGCUGGGGUUCGAGAAGGGCUCACUCGGGGAGCUGAAGGAGAUGGUCGCUGAGGCAGCAGAGCUCCUCCCUGGCAUCACUAUGCUCAUCAUGGACCAUCUCCGAGUCCGCCUGUCUCCGAGCAGCUGCUCAGACGCUGCUGAGUGGCAAGAGAAGACAUUGUUCUACCUCUCCAGGCCCACGUUCGUUGAAAGUCUUGCGGACGGGAGAACUUUUCCACGAAGCGACGACUAUACGCCCAUCAUGUGGGACCUCUUGGACGAGCUUCUAAGCGGAAGUGGCCCGGUGUCUUUUGCGGGCUUGCAAAGCCGGAGGCCGGCCCUGACGGAAGUUGCACGCGCUCUGGUCCGCAAGGGCUACCUACAUGAGAAUGUCGUCCUCGGGAAGAUCGAGUUCCCGAGUGGUCUACACCGCGAGGUGUAUACCACGUACUACUUCCGCGCGCGUUACGCUGCAGCACAGCACAUGCCCCAGGACAUCGAGGUCUUUUUGAGGCAGGUUGUGUCAAGGAUGUCGAGGUCGAGCCUGGAAAGGAGUCUGAACACAAGCAAAACGGGGGACAUCCACGAAGCGCAGUUUGAUGUGGAAUUGUACCGGGCUGCACAUACGCUACUACCAUCGGAGGCCAGCAUCUCGCCCGGCGUCGGCAUCCGCUACGGGCUGAAGGCGUAUGUCGACAAGGUUGUGAUGCCCCAGGGAUGGGCAUUCGAGGCCCUUGUGGAUGGCCGGGGCUUGGCGGAACACGAGGCUCGCUUCCAACCCGGUGGGCGCUACUGGCCGCUCAUCAAUGAUGGAGUGCUCAAGGCCUGGAUAGUUGUGGACUUCCGGAAUGUAGGGGGGCCUGCGGUACGCGACCGGCUGGUCCAUAGCACAUACCACGUUAGCUUCUGCGAGCACUUCGUCUCAGCAGAGGUGCGAUCACGGGGACAGGUUCUGUACACAGUCAAUCUUGCCGAGUAGGGAAUGAGAGUCCUAACGGACGGAUGAAGGGCUGAAAGUCGAACGAACGAAACCCUUUUCCCCGUUUGGUUUUCCACUCAGGUCUUAGCAAUCAAGAAGAGGGGCGUGUGUUUUGGUCUAUAUCUGAAGUAUCAUGACGUCACUCCGAGCAACUAAGCUCGCAUGCAUAGAGC